AUGCAUUUACCAGCACUACUACUACCACUGCUGCUGGCGUUUCCGUCAGAAGCAGGGCUCAUUUUCAGGAGGUCGCCGCAAUGGCGAGUUGUAGCCCGGCAAAAUAACAUAACAAACGGGUUUCAUGAUCCAAACCUGCUCGCCUCAGGAGCGUCCGCAUCCGCAGCUCCAGCGGGACCCUCUCCGACCACGGAGGUCUUUUUUGAAUACACCGUCGAACCCUCAGACAAUGCCGUUGUCUCGACGAAUGAUGUUUCUUCUUCCAAUCCCCCUACUACUGCGGUAACGACCACAUCACCUUCCUCGACGUCUCCUGCUGUCGCAACUACGUCGCCUACUUUCUCACGUAGCCUCAACUUAGGCAGCCUGGGACCGGUGCCACAGCCCGAGAGUAGUGCUGCUGGCCUACCGACGACAUCUGGAUCAUCAGCGUCGACCACAGUUGCAGGUACCACUGGCACUACCACAGCGUCGGCAUCGCUAUCGACGUCUCCGUCUCCGUCUCCUAGAACGACAACGCUGACCCAUUCGACUGCGCAAAACACAACAGAAGCGGUUACUUCAGUCACUCCAACGACUGCCAGGGCCAGGACUACUCCAGUAAAUGGAACAACUGCUACAACCAGGACACCUUCAGACGAAGAGCGCUCCUCGGACAGGACUACUGUUCUUGCUACCGGCAACUCUACGGCGCCGCCAUCAACGGCCAGGGUCAGCGUCGAAACAACAACCGUAUAUGUUACCCUGAGGCCCUCGACAGACCUGUCGACAGGACCGACCAAUACUUUGAUCGCGCCGACCGACGCUGAGUCGACUGUGACUGUAAUUGUCACCACACCCACGGUCUUUGUGACAGUAAACCCAACCCCCACCGACUCUGCAUCAGCUGGGUUAUCUCCCACUCAAUCCGUCACGCCGCCCGCAUCUCAGGCGCCAACAACUGCUUUGCCUCAAAACACUGAGAUCCCUACUGGAACACCCAACGCUCGGGUACCGACUGCCAUCUUCAUGGUGAAGAUUCCCACUGCUACGGCCACAGCCACGGUCUCGCCUACCGACUAUCAAACCAACAUGGGCUACGCCAAAAACUACAACCAGUUGUCCAGUACACUUGAUGAGAAGUCAGCGUGCACCUCCGGACAGACUGCCUGUAUUGCCGGUAAUUUAUACGUCUGCGAUGAUGACCGCUACCAAAUGUGGCAGGACUGCACAUCUAGGCAGCUCAGCUGCUUCGGUUUGCCCAUGAACACUACACUCGGCAUCUUUGUCGAUUGUUGGGAGCCUUCCUUUGCCAACUCGGUUCUGGGCGGCGCGGCUGGUAGACCUCCGUCAUUGCCGUCGCCGUCAUCGUCUUUGUCUUCAACCGCAACUGCAAAUGGGACUGCAACCGCAACUGGGCCUACUACUACUCCCACAACCACGACGGUUCCCCCUCCUUCAACAACCCCGUCGUCAAGCACUAAGACCCCGACCCCGACCCCAACCACAACCAGAACCAUCACGCCCCAAACCCCGACCACAAGCCCAUCCUCGUCACCGCCUCCGCCGACGUCGCCAACGCCUUCUACCACAAAGGCAGCGACCAUGACUGAGACGCCCACCUUUACGACUUCGACCUACUCCAAGACCCACACUGCCGAGUUCAUCGAAGUCACCGUAAUUUCACACCACAAGCCAAAGACCACCGCCACCUGA